GUCAUUGGCCUUGUCGCCAGCAUAGUUCAGCUCGUCGAUUUCAGCUCAAGGGUCUUGCAUCGCCUCGAAGAGUUCCAGGCUGACCUUGGGGAGAUUCCCAUGUCCUUCCGGCACAUUAAAGCAGAGCUACCAGUGUUACAAGACACACUUCAGCAGACUAGAGAAGCGAUAGAGGCCGGCUCAGUUAGGAAUGAAACAAAAAAUGCUCUUGAUCCUGCUAUCAAAGGCUGCGCGGAACAAAUUGGAUUGCUUGACCAUAUACUAGCCAAAGUGCUACCAGUAUCGACUGACUCCAGGCUGAUAAAAGGCAAGAAAGCGAUUUUGAGCCUCCAACAAGAGGCGAAAAUCGAGAAAAUAACGAAGACCCUU